GUACCCGGAACCUGAGUGCCGUAAAGAGCGGCUUACCGCUGACCUACCGUCCUGUAGCGUUUACUUGUCAGAGCCGCUUCUGAGGUCGAGAUGGGCGGCGGUGUUCUCGGCUCUGAGCACCAGCAUGAAGCUACGGCCAAGUUAUGAGCGGAAAUGUAGCAGCGCGGCUUGUAACUUAGAAGAAAAGGGGACUGUCACCAUGCAGGCAAGCUCCGGACAUCAGACAGGAAACGGGGAUGGCGUGCCCUGCCUUUCUCUCCCCGCAAACCGUCCACCUGCAGAUGGUUCCAGCGGCUCUGGGGAUGUAGCAAUAAAUAUCCAUUCAUCAAAUUCUGAAAGUGGCACAAGAUCGGGCCCCAGACAUGCAAGACCCACCAUACGACUGCAGAAUCGACCUGGCCAUACACACUCUCAUAGUAGUGAUGCGGGUGGGCAGGACGAAUCGAAUAACGCAGACACAAGAGAACAUGGCAACAGCAUCUCGGAGGUCCUGCAUGUCUAUCAGUGGUUGGAUAAAAGCUUUCCAUAUAUUUUAAUCUUCAGUGCCAAACUCAUUGUUCAGCACCUAACAGGCAUUACUGUUGGAAUUGGUCUGCUAACAACCUUUCUGUAUGCAAACAAAAGCAUCGUAAAUCAGGUUUUUCUAAGAGAUAAGUGUUCCAAAUUGCAGUCCAUCUGGCUCCUGGUGUUUUUGUCUGGCUGCUCAGUGCUUUUGUAUUACACUUUUUCUUCUCAGGCACUUUAUUACAGUUUGAUUUUUAUGACUCCGACUCUGGGACCUUUGCAGUUCUGGGAUGCUUUGUGGGUUGUGGGUAUAACAGACUUUGUGGUGAAGUUUUUCUUCAUGGGCCUGAAGUGCUUGAUUCUCCUGGUGCCUUCUGUUAUGAUGUCCCAUAAAUGCAAGGGCUUCUGGUACAUGUGUCUGGAAGAAAUGUCACAGUAUUAUUGUACGCUCGUCUCUACACCAGUCUGGUUCCGUUAUCUGAUCGAUUAUGGGGCUCAAACCAGUGGAGCUGAAUGGCAUUUUGGUAUUCUGUUGGCUUUGCUCUACCUCAUCAUAAAACUUUUUGUCGUUUUUGGACAAUGGAAAACAUCUGCUGAUGUAUUACGACUGUUCUUUACUCAGCCUAAUUAUGGUGCGACUGCAACCAAAAGACAGUGCUCAGAAGCUGAGGACAUCUGUGCAAUAUGUCAAGCUGAAUUCACAAAACCUAUUGCUCUUAUAUGCCAGCACAUAUUCUGUGAGGAGUGCAUCUGUCUCUGGUUCAAUCGAGAGAAGACCUGUCCUCUCUGUCGGACUGUGAUUUCCAGCCACAACCAUAAGUGGAAAGAUGGUGCAACAUCUCUACAACUGCGGCUGUUCUAGUCUUAAGUCUCCUGUCUUAUCAUUAAUACAGUGUUGACUGAAUUUCUGUCAUUUCUUGGGUUUAUGUUUUACUUUUUGGUGUAUAGAUUUACUUAAGAGACUUUUGGUGACUUAUUCAAAUGAAGGGCUAGACAUUAAUGGGUUUGCAUUGGGUUUUGAAUCUUUAUUGUAAGUGUUCUGAUAGACUUCUCAUGUCUGUUUCUCCCUAUGCAAAUGUCAUACUUGUAUUUAGAGGUAAUGGUUUCAGCAAACAAGGGUUAUUUCUCUAAUUAAAAAUGAAAAAAUAGUUUCUAAUAAAAUGUGUAUGAAUAUAUAACAUCUCUGUGAAUAAAUGACCACAGAGUAUUAAUCACAUAGGUAAAUGGCUCAUGCCAGUAGACAGAUCGGAUGUCUUGCCCCUGUUGGAUCCCGAGGAUUUUUAUUAGUUGAUAACAAGUGGUGAUGUUGAAAACCGCGAAAAGUUAUUUAGUUUUUUUUUAUAUAAUGAAAAAACUUUAUUUGCUGAAACUGGGGUACCCUUUGAAUGCAACACAAUUGUGUUGCCCAAACUGCUGAUGAGAGAGUGAUCAGUGUGCUCUAAUGUUAAAGGGGUUGUGCAAAGUUUAAAAGUUAGGAUAGGGGAUAACUAACUGAUCGCAGAGGGUUCCAUGUAACUUUAAAACGUGGCACAAUCCUUUUAAAAAAAAAAUAAAUGUAUGUACAGGUUUGGCAAUCUCAUGACUUCACAUUUUCUUGCACUUUUAUACUGAGAUUUUUUCAGCUUAUUUGCAUGUUUUUUUUUUUUUAGACAUCUGCUCCAUCACCGUAUAACAGUAUUGGGACUUUGAAUCCACAAUAGGAAAAGAGUAGAUAUUUUUACACCCCAUUUUAUCCCUUUAAAGGUAAGCUCACACUUCAGUUAUCUGGUCAGUGAUUUCCAUCAGUUUAGGGCUCAUGCACACAAACGUUUUUUUUUUUUUUUUUUUUUUUUUUUUUUUUUUUCCAGUUUGUUUAGUUUUUUUUUUUUACAGGUCCAUAUGUGGAACCAUUCAUUUCAAUGGGUCCGCAAAAAAAUAAUUAAAUAACUGUGUAGGGAUGAGCGAACUUCUUUUUUCAAGUUCAUAAGUCAUGGUCCGUGGCAGUGGAAUCCAUAAUGGAAUUCUUUCAUAACCCAAAUCUUGUUCGCCGAACUUGAAACCGCAAGUUCGCUUAACACUAUCCGUGUGCAUUCCGUUUUCCGUAUGUCCGUUUUGAAAAUAAAUAGAACGUCCUAUUCUUGUCUGUUUUGCGGACAAGGACAGGCAUUGUUACAAUGGAUCCGCAAAAAAAAACGGAUGCAACAGACGUCAUCUAUUUUUUUUUUUUGCGGACUGCAAAAUACAUAGUCGUGUGCAUGGGCCCUUAUUGUGAGCCAAAACCAGUAGUGAAGCCUACUCAGAGAUCAGAUAUAAUGUAAAGAUUCUCUUCUGUUCAGUGUUUUUGACCAGCACCUUGUUUUGGCUCACAAUAACUGACCAAACAACUGAAGUGUGAAAUCGCCCUAAGGGCUCAUGCACACGAACGUAUUCACUUUAAUAGGUCUGCAAGAACCCUAAGGAGAGGAGUCCAUUUCAGAACAUAGGAAGCUAAAAUGGGCUUAUUGACCAAAUCACAUUUCGGAUGUACUUAAAUAAAAAGGUUAGAGGUUGUCUUGUCAUAACAAAUUUUUUAAAUUUUUUAAAUUAAGGGGCAUCUGUCAGCAGAUUUGUACCUACGAAACUGGUCGACCUGUUGCAUGCGGGCUUGGCAACUGAAGACCUCUGUGUUGGUGCCAUGUUCAUAUGUGUCCGCAAUAUGUGCAAUUGGGGGUGUUGCCGUUACACCUUGAGGCUCAGCGCUAUACAACUGCCGCGUCUUCUGCAACAGAACCAGGCAGUGUAAAAGUGAUCACGCCUGUCUGGCCCUGUCGAUCACAAUUGCAGAGAGCUGAUCCUUUAGGUGCAAUGGCAAUGCUCCCUUUGCUUCUAGAGGCUCAUGUACAUAUAUUAAAACUUAAUUUUUCUCAGCAAUACCAGCACAUAUAAACAUGGGACCAACACAGAUGCCUUUAGCACAUGCAACCGGUCAACCAGUUUCAUAGGUGCAAAGUUGUUGCAGUGGAGACAUUGUGUUACAGGCUGCCUAUGUAAUACAUGGGUUAACCAAAAUGAGAGCUUCCCACAUUGUUAAACUCUCUUUAUAAAAAAAAAAGUGUGGGGGGGGCGGGGGUCUUUGGUGAGCACACCCCUUAAGUAUGCUAAAAGAAGCUGGUCAUAUUUCAGACACAAGUACAGUUACACUACUGCUCACAUCUAUUUUUGGUGAGUUGGUAGAAACCAACCUUUAAUUUUGGGUUUUGUGCUCAGUUUGUACCACUCUCCAGUAUAUUUAUGUAAAAACCAAAGCACAGCCAUUGUCAUGUAUCUUUUUACACCUGUAAAUUCUGCACCUUUCACUGUGUCUCGAGUCGCCCACACCAGCAUUCUAGUAAGUUCUACGCAGAACUGCAGGAUUUCUACAUUGGAUGGGAUAAAUCCUUGCUUUACUAGCUGGCAUCCAGCCAAACUGAUUGUGUAUGACUUUUCUGCUGUCUAUGCUAAAUCUUGUUUAUAUGAAGAGAAUGAUUUAUAUGAACCAUUUGGGAACGUAUUUUGUAUUAGCCUUUGUUACCUGUCGUGCGACAGAAGGUAUUAAAAAAAAGGCAACCUAAAAAUGUAUACUGCGACUGGUUUCUUCAUCCAUUGCAUGUAAAGAAAAUCAAUCUGCUUAUUUAUAAGAAACUGCUUAAUAAAUUUGUUAUCCUCUCAA